CUGCUCAAGGGUGUGGAGUAUUUGCAUGCACAAUGGAUCCUGCAUCGCGAUCUCAAGCCAAACAAUCUCUUUCUUAGUUCUACCGGAGUCGUAAAAAUCGGCGAUUUUGGUUUAGCUCGACAUUUUGCGGCCUCCCCAAGUCGGCCAAUGACUCACCAGGUGGCCACGCGCUGGUACCGUGCACCUGAACUCUUCUACGGCUGUACGCAGUACGGUGUCGGCAUCGACAUGUGGGCGGUCGGUUGCAUCAUUGCGGAGUUUCUUCUACGUGUUCCCCUUUUCCCCGCAGACUGUGAUCUUUCCCAACUGGCCAAGAUAUUCGAGGUUAGUUACCACACAUAA